AUGAGUGUAACGAAUUUUAAUACAGAUUUAUUUCGUGAUUUAACAUUUGAUCUUUUAUCGAGUAUUGCAAAUAAUCCAACAGAAUUUGAUGAAUUAAAUGAUGCUUAUUUGAAUAAGUUAAAUGAACGCAUAGAUGGUGAUAAUUUACGGCAAUAUACAAGAGAAAUUUAUGAGAAAAUUCUUUGUAAGGAAAAAAAAUAA